AUGGAACAAGCAUCAAAAACGGAGGCGAAAAGCCUUAAAGCAAAUACUGGAUUUGGAGAUCCCAGUUACGGGAUGACAGAAGGAAUAUGCGAACCCGAUAAAGGUAUUGUACAUUUACAUGAUUUGGUUCCCCGGGGGUCUCGGGUAGACGAUAGUAUGCUCAUUCCCCGCUUCCCCUCCAUCAGCCCUGCCGGCGGCAACGGCGCUCUCCGUCUACCUAGGGAGCCCGGGCGUCGCCCCCUCCCAAGAAAGAAAUGUGAAUUUUGUAUCUGCUACUUUUCAGCCGUGGGUGGCGUUGGAGAUGGAUCAGGUGUCAAUAAGAUGGCGCAAUCCUAUAACGGCAUAUCACAAGAAACAUACGCGGGUCGACCCUGUCUGGCUCUCACCCACGCAUUUCAUGGUACAAGGGAAGCACCUGGGGCUGUAAAGCAGAUGCACGUCAGGCCAGGUGGUACGAUACUGCACUAG